GACAUAAAUUAAAAAGUUCAAAUGUAAAUAUCUGUUUUUUGACGCCUUCUCAGUACAAAAUUCUUUGACAGAGUUAUUAAAAGAGAUUUCGGAUUAGGAGGAUUGGUUGUCAAGGUGUGAGGUGUACAAGUGUCGUUCUGUUUUAGGCUAUUUCGUACUUCUGAGAGCUGUUGAUUUACUUUUUUGUUUACUAUUUCUGGUGGUGUUGGUUUUAGUAGUUAUAAAUCCGUAAUUCAACAGUAUAACCAUUAGUACUACAAGAUAAAAGGGGAAAAAAUUGGUUUAAAGGAAAAAAGAUACUUGUACUAUCACAAUCUUCUCUUGUAUAUGGGCAUAGUAUUUGUAACUACUGAGCUUCUACUCAAUAAACGCUUUCACGCUGACAUUGGCGAAUGAUCAAAACCGCCAUAAAAAAGAAAGAAGAAGAAGAAGAGUUAUUAAAAUACUGAGGCUUAACAUUUUAAGAUUUUUUUGGUAUAUAGACGCUACCAUUUCUUCUCAACUAAUUUUAUGUAUGAAAGUCUGCCAUUGUUCUUUCCCCCCAAUGAGAAAAUGCUCAAGAAGUGGCUUGAAUUGAUUCCUUGUGAUUUGUUACAAAAGAAAAGUAUUAGUGAUCUUGCCCACCUGCAAGUCUGUCAUAAACAUUUUGAAUCUCGUUUUGUAACUGGAAAAAUCACAUAUUUUAAAGAUAGGUUAUACAACGCUGUUCCUGGAUUCUAAGAUCAGCACUGGCAUUCCACUAAACCGUUCGGAGGGCAUUUAAAAUGUGAAUGCUCUUGAUGACCAUUAACAUGCGAUGAAAAGGCAUUAUGACCACACCUAUUUUAAAACAGAAGUGUUAUAAUCAUACCCACACAUGAUGCCAAUAAACACAGAAAUGCAGCCGUGUACAUCCAAAGUAAGGAUUAUGGACUUCACAAUCCCCAAGGACCUUCAAGCUGAAGGAAGUUUCCAAGAAAAAGGUAAGGAUGCGGGGCACAGCACUAUCCAAGUCAAUAUGAAGCUAUGUAAUAUAAAAACUUAAGUGCUGUAGAGAUCUGUUUAGAUUGGUGCCGCAAUCGUCCUUUGCCUGGUAUAGUUGCUACAAAUUAAAAGAAAAAGAAAUGUCAUAUAUCAUUUUGCUACAACCAAUCAGGAUGCAGAAUCUAAGUUGAGUAUGUUUAGUUGUUUAGUUUGUGAGAUGUCCGUCUGAUUCGUAUAGAAUCUACUACAGGGCCGGUCAACUUCCUAAUAGCAGAUUGGCACCGGGAGAUGACCUUGGGGGGCUUUAAAGAAGCGAGAUGAAAUAAUAUCUAUCUCCCUCGCACGUUAUGUUAUAUUGCCAUGAAAGAAAUAUUAUUUUAAAUGACACAUCAUUUUAAUCAUUUUUUUAUUUAAUAAUUAUAAUACUUUAUUAUAUAAUAUAUUUCGUUAAACAUAUAUUUAUUACGUCUUUAUUGAAGUAACAAAAUGUAUAAAUAUGAAACUGCAUACUAUAAUAAAAAGGCAAGUUAUGGCAACGGCAAAUAAACAAAAUUACAAAUGGCAGAUCCGUUGCGCUUGCUGUUACGUUCUUGUUUAUUUGUGUUGCAAAUUAAGUUUAUAUUUCGAUAUAAACUUAUUUCUUACAUUACUAACGUUGACUUGAACAUCCCGUUCCUCCGUUUUAGUGUUUACAGUGAGAAGAGACUCAAAAACAAGUGCUGUGCAUUGUGCUAAAGAGACAGAGACUCAAUUUUAUCUUUCAUCAUGAAAGAAAACGAAAGGAAAUGUUACAAGUGUGGAUGUUCUCCUGCUCAUGAUCGUAACAUCACCUUGCAUCGUUUUCCUAAGCCUGGGAGAACAAAUAGCGUACGGCAUUUAAUGUUGUGCACUAAACAUUUUAAGAAAUCAUCAUUCAUUGAUAAUUUUGGAAAGAGGCUAGUCAAAUCUGCAGUACCUGAUGAGGAAUGUGAUAAGAUCACAUUAGCUGACCUUAAUUUGGAACAAAGGACUGUCAUUCAACAUAUUGCAGGUCCAUCAACUAAUAAACAACCACUGUCUGAAAAUAUUCAGAAGACUAUAACUGUUUCAAAUGUAUUUGAGCCUGUUGCGGGUCCGUCAAAAUUUAUACAACCCUUGUGUGAGAAUGUAAAUUAUAAAACCAUUCCUGACAAAACUAGUGAUAUUCCUCAAGUAACUGAGAAUAUCAACCCUGUUGCUGCUGCAAAUCCAUCCACGAAAAACAAAAAGGAUAAAGAUAUGUUGAUAAAAAUGAAAUAUCAUCUGAGAAAAAUUAACAGGCUUCAAAAAACUGUAAAGCAUCUAAAGAAUGAAGCAUUUCUCAAAGUAUUGAGCAAAAAUGAUUCCGUAAAUGAAAUAUUAAAAUGUAAAAUAUCCCCCUCUUUUGCAUUAUUUUUGCAAGGAGAAUUACAAAACUAUAAAAAAAAUCAAAAGGUCGAAGAUGGAACAUGGACUCCAAAAUAAUAGCACUAAGACUGUAUAAAAGGUCACCUAGGUGUUCCAAAUGAUUAAGAAGGAUGAUUAGCCUGCCAACACCUAGUUCAUUAAAAGCGUUAUUAAGCAAGUUUCAUAUGAAAGUUGGUAUUAAUGACCAAAUUUUUAAUGUUUUGAAAAAAAAAACAAUAAAGCAACAGACUCCCUCAGACAAUGAGUAUAUCCUUAUGUUUGAUGAGAUGUCAAUAAAAAAGAAUUUGUUUUACAACAAAAAGGAGGACAUAAUUGAGGGUUAUCAAGACCAUGCAUUGCAGGGCAGGUCACCACAAAUGGCAACACAUGCCCUCGUGUUCAUGAUUGGCGGAAUCCGUAAAAAGCUGAAACAACCAAUUGCUUAUUAUUAUUCUAAGGAGGUCCUGCAACAUUGUUUUGAUGCUGGAAUUAAUAUUUCAGCUACAGUGUGUGAUAUGGAUGGUGUGAAUAAGAGAGCUUUAAGUAUCUUGGUAGCAUCUGUAGAACAGCCAUAUAUUCUGCUAAAUAAUCGAGAAGUGGUUACCAUUUUUGAUACUCCGAAUUUGCUCAAAUGCUUUAGAAAUAUAACAUCUAAUAUAUAUGACAUUAAAUGUCAAACAAAUAUAACAUCAAAUGAUCAAAUUGGAUUUGGUGUUGCUAAAUGGAGCCAUAUAAAGGAGUUUUAUGAAACAGAUAACACCAAUCCCAAUUUUAUGUUUGAACCUUGCUUAAUACAAGAACAUUUAAAUACAAAUACGAAGCAGAAGAUGAAUGUGAAGCUAGCUGCACAAGUGUUAAGCCACUCAGUUGCUGCAGGAAUGUAUGCUAAAAUUUCACAAGGGGAACUCUCUUCAGAGGCUGUCACUACAGCUAAUGUUAUUGCAAAUAUGGACAAGCUGUUUGAUUGUGUCAACGCAUGCACACCAGACCUAAGAAGGGGGAAACCAUAUUCGACAAACAUGGCAAAUAAUACACCACAUCUCACACAUUUCACUUUAAUGAAGAAUUUUUUUAAAGAAAUGACGUUUUUGGGAUGCAAACGAGCUCCUCCAUCCCAAGAAGGUUGGAUAUGGUCCAUCAAUGGAAUAGAACGAAUUUGGAGAAAUCUCAGUUCUAAACAUAAAUCAAUAAAAAGUUUGGAAACAAGAAGGCUCCAGCAGGACCCAUUAGAAAAUCUUUUUGGAUGCAUUCGGGCCAAUUGCGGCUGCAAUUCAAAUCCCACUGCUGGGCAAUUUGUUGCGGGUCUUAAAACGACUGUCCUUAGCAACUUAUCUUUUAUUGGGACAGGAAAUUGUGAAGAAGACCAAAAUCAAGUUAUAUUGACAAAUUUUAAAUCUUUAUUGUCUCCACCCACAGACAUACACACUGCUUAUGCCACAAUUUUAACCGAUGAGUUAGAAGAAAGUGUAAAUUCUACAUUUGAAUGUAGCUUGGAAGAAAGCAGUGGCAAAAUACAAGCAUGUGCGUAUGUCUGUGGGUUUAUAGUAAAAAAUAAUCUCAACAAAUGUGAAAUUUGUAAAAAAAUUUUUGUAUCUGAGACACAAGAGAGAUCACAUACUUUUAUUGACUUUAAAGAAUAUAGUGAUCUAAAACAGUCCCUUAAAUACGCCUCUAAAAACCUCAUUAACUGUAUUGAAAGUAGUGCUACGAUGAUUUAUGAUUUUUUAGAGGCAGAAGCAUAUAAAAAAAAAUUAAAAGGGACAAUUAAAGUUUUGUUCAAAAACUCAAUAAAUUGGGAGUUUCUCGAUGAAUGUCCAGAACAUAAAGAUAUGAAUAUAGAUUACUUAUUUAAUAGCGUAUUUCACAUUUGUAUGAAGAGAUUUUGUAUUUUGAAAAAUCGGCAAUUUGCAGAAGAGUACUCUGCAUCUGCUCUUAAAAGAAAAAUUGAUAUCCUGCAGAAUAAAUAAGAUACAUGGAUAUAUACGUAAUUAACUAAUUUUUAACUUUAUGCAUGUAAACAGUUCUCAACAGCUCUUAACUAAAUAUCUUAACUAAAAUUAUGUUUUCUUGUUAGAAAAAAGUGUUUAUAUUAGAUUGUCUAAUCUUUUUUAUAUAAAACCAAUGUACCUUUACUUUCCAUUUUGCUUAAAUGUCAUGUUACAUAUGCCAUGUUAAAAAUUAGUUAAUUACUCCGUCACUUACGUCCAUCAAUGUACCAACGGUUUUACUAUGUACCAAUGUAGACAAGUAUGUAAUGUAAAUAAAAAUUAUGUAUUUC